AUGUCGACGCUCACUAUUACGGUUUCAAAACCGAAAAGAAAAGUAAUAGGUUUGUUCCUUCUCCAUUUUUUUUACAUUUUUUAUCAGCUUUUCAGAUACAACUGACUAUAGUAUUGGUAACAUGAAAAAAGAGUUGUUAUGGGUGCAACGAACUCAAGCAAAAAAAGCAUUCCAAGAUGUGAGUUUUUGUUUUUGUGAAAUACCUAUCAAAUAAUUGUAGACAAUGGAGCAACUGAAGAAGUGUUGCACUAGCCUUCACCUCUCGCAGAAGUGCGAUCCACGUCUUGGUGUUCAGAAUGCAAAUCCUGGUACCGAAAGAUACAAUCUUUUACCAAAGCAAGGCGGAGACAAUCUAAAGGUAUCUUUUUAUUUUUAUCCAAGAAAAAAAAAAUUAAAUUUGAGGCGAUUGUUUCUUUGCUCGGUGAUAACGUCAUACAAGCCGAGGUGACUAUUAAAAACCCUAAAGUGGCUGGCGGAUUUUUCCGCUCAGUGGCUCAGCCUGACGUUCAGUGGAAAUUGCAACAACUGCAGGUGAAAGAAAUUGCAACAACUCUUUUUAAUUCUUUCAAGCUCUUUAUUUCAGGACCUCGGUAACCACAUUGCACGAGCGACUAUUUCCCUUUGUGAAAUGGAAAAUAAUUUGAACGCACGGUGUGAAAGUGACAGUGAUAGGUAAAACUUUUGCAUGUAGAGUUUUUUUGAAUUGUUUUUUUCAGCUUUUCUGUCGAAACGGGGACUUUGCUUUUGAAUGAAGCCAGGGCGAUCAAAGACGAGAUAUCUUUUGCCCGAUCCUCUAUCCUACUUCCAAGAAAACGGUAUUUUUUGAAGUUUAUCAGCUUCAAAAUGAGUAAGUAAAAGCAAUUGUUUUCUUGAUUGGGGAUUUUUAAGAUCUGUAUAUUGUUUAGAAGGGUUCAAUGAAUUUUUUUCCUAAUAGGUACUUGAUAUUCCAGAAGCCUUUUGGAGUUGUGUUAUUUUCCACCUACUCGGAAGUUUGUUCCACCUCUUCCUCAGGACAAUCUUCUCUCUUUCUACAUUUCCAGCUGCAGAUUGGUAUACUUAUGCGAGCUCUGUAAACUCAGCAGCAAUAUGUUUUAGGUUUGCGCUUCCUACCAAAUUGUCCCAAAAACCGUCAAUCCUCAAGGGCUCACUGUUUUCAUGUCCGAGUGUCAACUGCCUUUUCUCGACGAGGUUAGUAUUUUUUUUUAUUGAAGAAAAAUAAGGUUUUAACACUUUCAUUUUUUGGAGUUCUCUCUCAUUUUGUUCUCUUUUCAGGUUUUGGAAAGCUUGAAUCUGGCGAUGCUUUCCCUGCAGAAGCUUAUCAGCUAUUUGGACAUGUGUCGACCACCUAUUACAGCCAAUUUAUCGUAA